AAGUUCACAGUGGGAGACGGAGGAGGACGGAGCUGGCAGCUCGUCCAUGUUAUGUUCGGGUUGCUCGUGUUCCUCGUCAGUGCAGACUGGGCUGCGGGUGUUGGAGCAUCUGGAACCACGGAGUGUUGUGUCACUCAAACGAUGGAGAUACUGGGCGAGGACGGAAUGGAGUUGGAGGAAACAGCCACCGCAGAAGCCCUAACAAACACAAGCAUAGAUGCUUUCACCAAUGUCACAAACAUUACAUUUUCCCCCUAUUAUCAGCACUCUCUCUAUGUGGCUGCCAGCUACAUUUUGGCGUACUUCUUCAUCUUCCUGGUCUGCAUGGUUGGGAACAUCCUGGUGUGUCUGAUUGUACUGGAAAACCGUCGUAUGCGUACGGUUACGAACCUCUUCAUCCUCAACCUGGCUAUCAGUGACCUGCUGGUGGGCAUCUUCUGCAUUCCUUCAACACUGGUCGACAAUCUCCUCACAGGCUGGCCCUUUUCCAACACCAUGUGCAAGAUGAGCGGCUUUGUGCAGGGCGUGUCGGUGUCUGCAUCCGUUUUUACCCUGGUGGCCAUUGCUGUGGAGAGGUUUCGCUGUAUAGUGUACCCUCUACAACCCAAGCCAACUGUACUUGUAGCCAAGGCAGCCAUCAUCUUUAUCUGGGUAUUGGCAGUGGGGAUUAUGUGUCCAGCUGCUAUGGCACUGACUGUGGAGAAGUUUCCUUUCCACUACUUGGUGUACAAUGACGACUUCAACCACACGCUCCCUGUGUACAGCUGCUAUGAAGACUUUGAAAACCCAAAGAUGAGAAAGGUCUACACGGCAGUUCUGUUCGCUAAUGUCUACUUGGUGCCCCUCACCGUCAUCACCCUGAUGUACACAAGCAUUGGAGUCAAACUGUGUUCCUCCAUGGUUGCAAACAGAGAGCCACAGCUUGACAAUGCAGUCCAGGUGGGAGGUAGAAGGGGUGGCCAGCCAAUGAUAUUACAGAAAAAGAUCAAGGUGAUAAAGAUGCUCACCCUGGUGGCGCUGCUGUUCAUGCUGUCCUGGUUGCCCCUUUGGACCCUGAUGAUGAUGACGGACUAUGCAGGCUUGAACAGGGACCAGCUUGACCUUCUGACCAGCUACAUCUUCCCCUUCGCUCACUGGCUGGCUUUCUCCAACUCCAGCAUCAACCCCAUCAUCUAUGGCUACUACAAUGAAAACUUUAGGAGAGGCUUCCAGGCCGUGUGCAAGUCCAGGCCCCUCUGUUGCUUCAUAGAGUGCCAGAUUGGGAGGAGGGUCUCCAGGUUGGACAGGAAAGGAAGGUCUGGGCUGGCUGCCUGUGGGGGCACAGACUUCAGAGAGGACAAUAGCAAUCGCAACCACCUCGUGUUGGGGCCGAGAAAUCGAUUCCAUAAUGACAACAAGGUGAAUGACACAGCAGAGGUGAAUAGGAGUGCAAGAGGGCAAUGUGAGAUGGUCCAGUCAGAGAGAAAUCAUUCAAAUCAAGGAUUAGAAAUGGUACCUUUACCCAUGAAAGGCAGUAAUAAAGAAUCCGAGAGGAUCAGUUCACUGGCAGUGACAGUGUAUCACGCGUGGGAACACUCACACCGCUAAACAAAAAACAAAAAAUUCGUAGAGGCAACUAUAAAUUAUGUGAUUUCACUAGAAACGAUGGCAACACAUCACAAUCGUAGUUCAAGGCAGUGCAACUUUAUUGGAACACUUAUAAUUGCCUAUUCCCUUGCUUUGCCAAUCUGGAACAUCUUUAAUGGCUUCACGAGAGGUUCCACUCCGUCCAUUAAGGUUACGGUCGUCUGGCCCAAUAUUUCUAAAGGUUAGCACAACAUCUUAUUCACCUUUACCACUGUCGGCUUUCAAGUACAGUUCUAAGAGGGCACUGAAAUACAAGCCUCGUGAAACUCCGAAAAUCCAACCCUUGACUUUACACGUUAGUAUUUUAAAGCUAAGAGCUUCAAGUGCCAAGUUCAGUUAAAUAAAGCUACAAAUCUGCAACUUAUAUGAUUAACAUAAAUGAAGGCCCUCAUUACUGCUCUCCUCUACCUGCUAGCAAAAUGAGUGAACAGGCCAAAGGAACUUUUUUAAAGGUCAAACCAUUGUUGAGUUACAAAAGCCCAAGAUCGGAUGGGGUGAAUGCAGUGGUGGCAUGCCUUCUUACUUCUGUGUACUGCUUUUAUUUGAAGCAUAGAAAUGAAUGUAAGCAGUAGGUUAACUUUGAACCCUAUGAAGAAACAAAUGUAUGUGUGGAAUCAUCAAAUAUGAAGUUAUUUUAACAGUUAUUACAUUGUUAAUGGCAAAGUCAAAAGUGAAUUACCAGGAUUUGCAAUUUCAAUACUACAGAGCUCCUGAAUUUUGUUUAUCUUUUGCAUACAAGCUAUAAUCUUGUGGGAACAAGUUAUGUCGAAAGAUGUUAGUGUUUAAAUGAGAAGAAAACUCAGCUGAACUUAUUAUACUAUCUAAUGAAAUUGUUCUUGCACAGAGACACAGAAUUAUCCGGAUUCAUUUGCACCACAUACUGAAGGACAAAAAGCUCAGCAGACGAUAGGAAUAUGUUUCAUUCAUAAUACUUGAGCAUAAACCAUAACUUUAGAUUAUGGUGACCUCAUUCUGCAGUUAUGAGUGCAACCAAAACAUACGUCUAUAAACGUCUUUGUGUAUACAUGAUCUCAGUUUAUUCAGCCUUUCUCUUCAUAACAAAAGGUUAAUUGACCUGAAGUAUUUAGAUGAUAACAUUUCACAGACAGGUAAUUUGUUAUUAUUUCCAGCAUGCCUGCUUUACCACUCUUGCAGCUACAUUACAACUAUAUACCUUCAUUUCUAUUGUACGGGUAGAUUGGUAAUGGAACAAUCAUAUAGUUAAUGAUUCUAUAGCAAAAUAGUAUGAUAAAAACUGUGAUAUUUUACGUCAAGCUUUUACUGAAAAACUGUGCCUUCAAACAAUAACACGUACAUCCACAACAUUGCAAAUAGACAACCACAAAACUAAUGGUCAAAUACCUCAAUAUCCAGCAGUCUACACAAUCAAUAACCUCCGCCUUGAUGACUGAUUUAAUAAAAUCACAGACACUUCAGUAUUCAAGUUAGCCAGUGCGUAAAUAAGAUAAAGCAAGACUUUAUUUAUCAAUCCAAAAGUGAUGAGCUACAGUCUCAAUACUCUCAAUUCAUAUUAAAUCAAACUAAAAAAUGUGACAUUCAGUAAUGUGUUACGGCUGAAGAGCGUUCAUCCUCAGGAGCUUGUCUUUGCAAAAUCACCCAGUUUAGCUGCAUGUUUCCAGCUGUAAUGAUGCCCUAUACUGGGCUUGAUCAGCACUGUGAGUGUGCUCUGUAAACCAGACACACUGGCUUUGGAACUUUUACUUCAUUAAAAAAAAAGUGUCCAGUGCUGCUGUAAAGAGUCUUGACAAGUGAUUCAGCACAUACCCCUCCUACAUUUUCAUUUAGCUGACGCUUUUAUCCAAAGCGACUCACAAUAUCUGCAUUCAACAAUGAGGGUACAUACCCACAACAACAAGAAUCAAGUAGUUUCAUUUUCUUUGAGGAAAAAAAAUCUUGACAGCCACCAGUAAGGGUUGUCAACAAUUACACUUUCACAUGUAACAGCCACGUGUUUCUUUUCUUUAGCCUGCCCUGACUGUGAACUGACAGACAUACAGCCAGAAGGGAUCACCACAAAGGACAAGUCAAUCGAACCAAGUUAUUUUCUUUCGUCAAAGAAAUACCGCCAGAAUCUUUUUGCGUUUAUGACUAGUAUCACUGGCUGGAGGUUCCCCAGCCCUGGUUUGAAAGUCUCCAGGAAGACGUUUACUAUGUGCCAUCAAGUGUUCAAAAGUUUCUCACUGUCUCGCCUUCACCCAACUACUAGGUUGGUAUAAAUGUUGAAUUGAACAGAAAGGCAUUUGGUUGUGGAAAUCUCACUGUACCUAGGCAUGAAAGAAGUUUGUCCGUUUAUAUAAGAAUACAGUCCCUGACAAAAGUCUUGUCAUUUAUCCAUUUUGUAGAAACAACAGCUUAUAACCUGACUUUUAAUUAAUCCAUUGGUUUUAGAAAUGGCUCAUAUGAUAGCUAAAACCCUCCCAAAUUAUUUUAAUAUACUAACAAAAAUUUGCUUCACUGAAGAAAGAUUGAUCAUUUAAUGAACACAGAAAGGUCAGAUUUUGGCAAGACAAAAGUUUUGUCGCCUACAGAGAGUAAUGUGAAAAUUUGACAAAUAAUUUACUUCAAAUAUACAAAUAUGUUGCAUAACAUCAGUGAAUUAAGUAGUGGUGCUGUGAGAUCCAUAUUUAAUUUCUUGUAUGACUUCCAUGAGCUUAAAGGAAUUUAUCCAUGCGGUUCGACAAUGAUUCAUACAAUUUAUUGAUGAAGUCAUCAGGAAUAGCAAAGAAAGCUGUCUUACAUGCCUCCCAGAGUUCAUCAAGAUUCUUUGGUUUCGUCUUCCAUGCUUCCUCUUUCAUUCUACCCCAGACAUUCUCACUGAUGUUCAUGUCUGGUGACUUGGCUGGCCAUUCCUGGUGCACCUUGAUCUUCUUCGCCUUGAGGAACUUUGAUAUAUAGAUGGAAGUAUGCGAUGGAGCACCAUCCUGCUGCAAAAUUUGACCCCUUUUAUGGUUGGGAAUGUAAGAAGUAGCUAAUACUUCUUGAUAUUUUAGGCUAGUGAUAUUGCCUUCCAACCUGCAAAUAUUUUCCGCACCCCCAUACUGGAUGUAACCCCAGACCAUGAUUUUUCCGCCACCAAACUUAACUGUUUUCUGGGUGAAUCUCGGAUCCAUGUGGGCUCCAGUAGGUCUCCUGCAAUAUUUGCGGCGGCUGUGAUGUAAUUCAACCGAAGAUUCAUCUGAGAAAUCCACCUUCUGCCACUUUUCCAGCGUCCAUCCUUUUAGCAGGCUGUGGGCCUUUGCAAAUGCCACACGUUUUUUUAAUUGUCUUUUGUUUAGUACUGGUUUCUGGGCUCUGAUUCAACCAUGGAAGCCAUUUCGAGACAGAAUUCUACAAACUGUCCUGGUUGACACAGGGACUUGAGGUGACCAGGCCUGGUGGAGCUCUGCUGCAGUGGGAAAGGGGCUGGCCUUGGAUUUUCGAGCCAACAAACGGUCCUCCCGAGCAGUUGUCUUGCGGGGUCUGCCUGACCUGGGCUUGUCAAAAACAUCUCCAGUCUCUUCAAAUCUUUUUCUUAUUCUUUUUACUUGACGUUGAGACACAUUGAAGGUGUCAGCCACCUCAGCAGUGGAUCUGGUCUUCAACCUCUUGAUAAUCAACGCUUUGGUCUCAGGGUGAAUCUUAGGCAUGUUGUCAGAGGUCAAGUUGCAGUUGAUGUGAAGGUCUGGUGUACUGGGGUUCUUUUUAUACACACCCACUAAUUGAUUGAUCAAUUAUUGAUCACAGGUGAGGCUGUAAUCUAGGAUUGGGUGCAUCAUAUGACAAGGUGACAAAACUUUUGUCUUUGCAAAAACUGACUCAGUGGGCUUUACCAAGCUAUGAACGUCAGAAUGCUUUUCAGCAGUUUCGUUUGGCACCAAAACAUUAUUUCAAAAGCUGUUGAGAUUGAAAUUAGAUCAACUUGUAUCCAAGCGACAAGACUUUUGUCAAGGACUGUAGACGGUGAGACAUUCCAGCCUUAAUAAGAUAGACUCUUCAAUGUUGGGAAUAGUGUUGAAAGUUUUCUCAAGAUUGUAAAAUAAUCACUGUAGAAAUGCAGUAAAACUCUUUUUAAAAGAUUUUGGAAAAGUUAACAAAUCAAGUAGUACUAUUCAGUAGGUAAAACAAUUUGCUUUCAGCAUUAAAAACAAUUCUAAGGGCAAGGCCAUUGAUGCUUUGAUUUUGACAAUGUAUUUUACAUACCUCCUGCUUAUGAGUAGCAUUUUUGCCAACUUUAGGAUGUUUUUGAUUAUUAAUUAGAAUAUGUAAUAAUAUUUCCAGGAUAAGAACAAUACUCAAGAACAUUGUGUUUGAAUUGGAAGAAGGACAAUGAGGACCUCUUGGGAACUCAAUGUGCCUGAUAAAACCCCUGCAUAGUUUAUGAUUAAAGAACACACAGGAAGUUGGCAUGGCGACUGUUCCCCUGGAAAUAUCAUGAUGUCAGUAGUAAUCAGUGUUGGGACUAACGCGUUACUUUGUAGCGCGUUACUGUAAUUCCACUACUUUUAGCGGUAACGAGCAUGUAACGAAGUAUUUUUUUUAAUCGAGUAGCGCAGUUACAAUUUCUGAAAUUUAAAUGAGUUCGUUACUCGCGUUACUCUCUUUUGAGAAAACUGAACACUUGCAGACAAGAACACAAGUGAACCAGAUCCCCGAAAGAUGGUCGAGACUUAAACUGAUGUUCUGGUCGUUUAUUUGAGCCGUCCUUGUAACACCGUACACCUUAAUACAACUUUGAACAACUUAGAAACACCUUAAAUCAACCGUGGACACCGUAAGACAUUGUGCUUCUUCGGAGGGUUGCUAAAAACAUAAACCUUUUCCGUAGCGCUGUUGUAAUCAUCACAGGAUGUCCGCGACUCUACCGGAACCGUUUCAAAAUAAAAUCAUGUAACAUUUUCACAAUAAAAUGACAGAAGUAACUUAAAAGUUACUUUGCCUAGUAACUAAUUACUUUUGAUAUACAGUAACUGGUGAAGUAAUUCAAUUACUUUUAAAAGAAGUAACUAGUAACUGUAACUAAGUACUAAUUUUCAGUAACUUGCCCAACUCUGGUAGUAAUGUAGUCUCAGGUGUUAUCUCUGCAGUACUGUUGUGCCAGUUGGCCUACAGGCGGUGAACUUACUAUCUCAAUACAUUCACUACACGCACUACACAUUCAAAAACACUGUGGAGGGACACAGGUGUUCACUUGGCUGAAAUAAAAUGUUCUUAAAAGCCAUAAGUUAUUGAAAAGAAAGCAUAAUUAUGUAAUUGAAAAUCAAUUAUUAUUUUACAUAUUAAAGAUAUUAUAAGUGUUUUCUUGUUUUCUGUUAAAGAGUUAAGUAACUGUCUGCUCUAAAUCUUGUGUUGACUUGAGAUAGACAUCAUGUUUACACAGCAGCCAUUUUCGUCUGCAACCACACUACUGAGAAGCUCAGGUUUAUAAGUCAAACAAAAACUGGAGCUCCUCACCCUGACAGAGGAAAAUGGCCGCCAUGUCAAUAUGGCCUACUGUAUAUUGUAUAUAUAAAGAGAGUUUUAUUUAUGACUCUGAUGUAAAAAAAGUAUUUUCAUAAAAAACUGAUGAGAAUAUACUUAGAACAAAGCUAGUUUACAAGUAAAUACAGUGCAGUGUUUCUAUGCGACUAAAAAAGUUGCUAUCAUUCAAAAGACCUUAAACACAAUUAUAAGUUAUAUAUCCACAAACAUACAGAAUCUGCUUUGUAUAGAUACAUCUACAAGGGCCACAACCAAAGAGAUGGAGAUGACAACAGAAGCAUUUCCUUGAGAUGUAUGUUAAAGUGGGAAUCUUUGGGGUGUGUUCUAGUGCAUCUUUAUUGCAGUCUCUGGUGUGGUGUAACGUGUCAAUCUUGUGCUUGAUAUCCCUAUCACUAGUGUGUAGUUCUGUCCUGUUCGGUAAAGCCCAAUAGUUGUUUGCUGUUGUAAUUACUUGAAUGUGUUGCUGUCACAAGCAGAUGCUCCACAUUAUUGUCAGUGAAAGAAUUCUGUGGUGACACCUCAGGAGAACAAUGUUGCUACUGUAUAUUUGUGGCUUGCAAUGAUAAAUUGUCCUGAAUGUUGUUGUCUUUUAAGCUUUUGACCCAGUGAUUCUGUUUCUAUUCAUGUACUAGAGUUUGACUUAUAUGAACUGUUAAAGAUAAGGAUAUUAUUGAAUUGAAGAUGUUUUUUUUUUUCUCAUCUUCAUCUUCAACUUUUUAUUAUAUUGAUAUAUGCUAGUGUGAGAAAUUUGCACGGAAGAAGGAAAACUCUGCUCAGAUGAGCCGUAACCUCAAAGCAAGAUUGAUUUCCUGUUUAAACUUGAAAGAUGGAAGAUGAUUUUUAAACUGUGACUCCAACAGCUCCUUGGCGUACACGAGUCGCCUUAUCAAUCUGCUUAUCACAAUAAAUGAGAAAUUUAGAAUUUCAAGUGAUUUUUGCUCCUGAGGGAAGGCUGCACAUUUAAACUCUUAUUCAUGGUAAAAGAAUGAACGGCAAAUCAUUAAAACCAAUCAUGUGGUUACACAAUGCACUAGCAAUACAUCUAUAUGUUUUUUGCAAAGGAUAAAGUGAUUUAUAACAUGUUUUCAUAUUUAAUGUGUCCAUUAUCUGCAGUGCAUGUUUUAUUUUUGUUGUGGGAUGUUACCAAUAAAUGUUUCACCUCUA